CUCUGUAAACAUUGGUCGUGCCCACAACAUACAUUAAAAAAUUCAGCAUCUCCCCCCGCAAAGAAUCAUGGUAACUGUAGUUUUCCCUUCAAAGAGAUUUACAUGGCAUCUACCUCAGUAUCUCGGAGAACCAAGCUGAUUCAGAAACAGCUUGUCCUCCUAACCUAAGUUGAACAAUGUGAUGUGUGAAAAAUAUUUCUGUGAUUUACCCCAUCUAGCCUCCUGUGUUUUCCAUUUUAUAAUCCUUUUUCUGAGCAAAAGCCCCGCGUGGUUGUUUUCGAUAUGUGAGGAGAACCUUUCCCCCUGCCCCACCCCAGGCAUCUGUGAGGUAAUUUGCAAAUUAAAUGGAAUGUUUUGAAGGCGGCGAGCGCCGUAACCCAAACCCAUACUGUGUGGUAUGUUUCCCCCUACAAAUAAUUAAACACAAGAUGUUGACAGGUGCAAAUAGUUCCCAAAGCCCUGUGGGCCUGUCACAGUGUAAUCCUGUGCAACCCCAAAUGUUUUUUGACAUUAAGACCAGCAUGGGGUGAAACCAAACAACCGCAUUUCAGAUCUUUCCCAGAAAUGCUGAGUUGAAAACCAAACAUUAUUUGCUGGUUUUUACAGCUUGCUUUCCGCCUCCCUAUUUACCUAACUGGCAUUCCCACUUCACAAAGUGCCUGUUAAUAAGAUUAGCAAUUAAAAAGCUUGGCUGGCAAUUGGCAAGCAUGUUCUCCUCGGAGUUGGUUGGAGGCGCUUGCGUGUGUCUCCAGCAGGGCUUGAGGAGCACCUGAAGGAGGGAAGGCAAAGGCACGCUCCGCCGUACGCAACCCAGCACCACAGAGCAGAAAUGGAGAAAGCCCGGCCGUUAUGGGACAACCCCUUGCAGUUUGUCUUUGCCUGCAUUUCUUACGCAGUGGGACUAGGGAAUGUAUGGCGCUUUCCCUAUUUAUGCCAGAUGCACGGAGGAGGUGGAUUUCUAAUCCCCUACCUGAUCAUGUUAAUUGUGGAAGGCAUGCCCCUAUUGUACCUGGAGUUGGCAGUGGGACAGCACAUGCGACAAGGGAGCAUUGGGGCAUGGAAAGCGAUAAGUCCUUACCUUUGUGGGGUUGGAAUUGCCAGUGUCGUCGUUUCAUUUUUCCUCUCUAUGUACUACAACGUUAUAAACGCCUGGGCAUUCUGGUACCUCUUCCAUUCAUUUCAGGAUCCUUUGCCGUGGGCAAACUGUCCACUCAAUCUUAACCACACGGAUUACGUGGAAGAGUGCGAGAAGGCAACACCCACGCAGUAUUUUUGGUACCGAAAAACCCUCAACAUCUCUCCAUCCAUCGAGGAGAGUGGGAACAUCCAGUGGGAGCAGGCAGCCUGUCUGGUCCUGGCUUGGCUGGUGGUCUAUCUGUGUAUUCUAAGAGGAACAGAACACACAGGCAAGGUUGUUUACGUGACGGCUACUCUGCCUUAUGUAGUCCUCAUCAUAUACUUAAUCAGAGGCUUAACUCUCCAUGGAGCUGCGAAUGGGCUGACCUACAUGUUUACACCCAAGCUAGAGCAACUAGCAAAUCCCAAAACCUGGAUUAAUGCAGCUACUCAGAUCUUUUUCUCCCUUGGACUUGGUUUUGGCAGCUUGAUAGCAUUUGCCAGCUACAAUGAUCCAAAAAACAACUGUGAACGACAUGCCAUCAUCGUUUCAUUGAUAAACAGCACCACCUCGAUAUUUGCCAGUAUUGUGACUUUCUCCAUUUAUGGCUUUAAGGCAACUUUCAACUAUGAAAAGUGCGUGAGCAAGGUGAUAUUGAUGCUGACAAAUUUUUUCGACCUGGAAGAAGGAUCAUUAACAAUGGAAAAUCUUGAAGAUAUGAAGAAUUUCCUGGCAUCCACUCACCCCAGUGAAUAUGCAGAACUGUUGCCACAGAUUAAGAACUGCAGUUUGGAAGCAGAAUUAGACACAGCUGUUCAGGGUACCGGACUGGCAUUCAUAGUGUACUCUGAAGCAAUAAAGAACAUGGAAGUCUCGCAGCUGUACUCAGUGCUGUAUUUCUUUAUGCUGCUGAUGUUGGGAAUAGGCAGCAUGCUGGGGAACACAGCAGCCAUUCUUACUCCUUUGACUGACAGCAAGUUCAUUACCUCCCAUGUGCCUAGAGAGAUGAUAUCAGGAGUUGUAUGCCUCAUCAACUUUUUAGUUGGCCUAGCAUUCACCCUGGAAGCUGGCAACUACUGGUUUGAUAUCUUCAAUGACUAUGCAGCUACUCUCUCCUUGCUACUUAUAGUGCUGGUGGAAACCAUGGCUGUCUGUUACGUAUAUGGACUCAGAAGAUUUUCUAAAGACCUUUCUGUGAUGAGCGGACAUAAACCAAGUUGGUACUGGAAGAUUAUGUGGGCUUUCGUUAGUCCUGUGUUGAUUGUAAGCCUCUUUAUAUUUUACAUCACAGACUACAUCAGAACAGGGACAUUGCAAUACCAAGCCUGGGAUGCAACAGAGGGUCAGCUGGUUACAAAAGAUUAUCCAAGUGGGGCCCUAGCAGUUAUUGGGCUGCUUGUCGCAGCCUCCACUUUGUGCAUACCACUGGGAGCAUUAGUGACUUUUAUAAUGAAAAGAACAAAUCCUUAGUUCUGGACUUAUGAGAACGUCAUCAACAGCUGCAACCUUUGCAAACCACCUUGAAGACUACAACAGCAAUAACUUGCAACCAUUAACAAGCAUGCAGAAUUUUACUACUGUCUUACCAAUGAAUGGUCAAGAGAACUGUCCUAUAGCAGAUGGAAGAUUUAAGAUUGUCUCUGAGGGGUAUGAACGCAACAUGGUGGCUUACAAACACCUUGGAAUGUGCACAGUAUAUAUUGAUCAAUUCACUCUGCCUUCUUCUGAGCAAUCUUCACUUUAGUAGAAGUGUAUUCCUACUCCAUCUGAAGUACAGGAAGAAAGGGUUGCACUGCAAGAAAGCUGCAACGUGCACAAAUAAUUUUUCCAUGUAUAAUGCAGUGUGACCAUGUUAUUUGUAUUAUUCAUGGGAUCUAUAUUUUAGUAGGUGCUUGAAGGCUUCUUUAGAAGCGAUAUAAGCUCAGUAAUCAGCUAGCAUUGUUUAUAUGCAAUGUAAAGAGCAGUUUCCAAGAUGUAUCACCCAACUGAAUUUCCCCACUUUUCUAAAGAUGCCUUAAAGUAGAGUGGGGUUGGGCUGUUAAAAGUAAGGAAGAGCUACGCUGGAGCUGUUUCAUGAGCUGGGGAACUCAAGACUGGACAUUUUAGUUAUAGCAAGGUAAUGUGUGCAUUAAUGUUCUCAGUAGCACAUAGUGCCACAUUAUUCAAUAUUUUUAACAUUACCUUCAACCAUAGGAUAAACAUGAGUCCAGACAAGCCACAAGAGAUUUAAAAAGUCAGGUGUUCUUUUUACUGAAUUUCUUUUCCUGAACCAUGAUCAAGUGUUGACAAAGUUUUAAUCUCUAAAAGAGUAAAAGCUGAACAUUUUUAAAAACAAAAGUGGAUGUUCUCAGGCUUCUAACAAAUGCUUGUAGGUUACGCAUAGAUCAUCUAUGUAUUUAUCAGCAAGGCUGAAAAAGUACUUCGUAUUCAAAAAGCUAUUGGUGUGAAAUUUAGAAGUUCCCGGAAGUUAUAGGUUUUUCCAUUAAUAAUGCAGUUUCUAUGCCAAACUCCUUUCAAUUAAAAUCACCAGUGUAUGUAAAUGCUGAUUUAAUAUUUAACAGCCUACAUCCAUUCUUCCAGGCAAAAACUUAAAAGAAAUAUACUCAAAAUAUUAGUUGAAACUGAAGGUGUAUGUAAUUUCAAGCAACGUUGAAAACACAAAAAAUGCAAGGUCUUUCGUUAUAACAGAAUAUGUGGCGGGAAUAAGGACUACACCACAAUGAGCACAUUCCAUAUCUUUAUGGGAAUUUUGAAUAAAUUUUAGUAUAUACCAAUUUAAGGAAAUUAAAGUUUGGGUUGAACAGUACUAGAGGUUACAAAGGCAUGUAUAAUCAAAAUUCCA